AUGGCGGAUCAGCGAGACAAUCUCAUUGCCGCAUCACAUGGGUUCCUGGGCGACAUGAGCUCAGCGCUAAUAACGCACAUGGGCAAUACAGAACCGGUUGCUUUCUUCGACAAUGCCUGCGGAAGCGGUGUGUUGACCCAGGAACUUCAAAAACGCUUGGGCAAAGACGUGCUGGAAAAGAGCACUUUCCUCUGUGCAGACAUAGCGCAAAACAUGGUGGAUCUGGUGAAGGAGAGAGUGCAGGCCGAGGGCUGGCUCAACACCGAAGUGAGACUUCUUGACGCAACGAAAACAGGACUACCGGCAGACUCCUUUACGCAUAUUGGGCUCUGUAUGGCCCUCAAUAUCAUCCAGGAUCCUGACGCAGUUCUAGCUGAUUGUAAGCGGAUUCUGAAGCCGGGAGGUAUGCUCGGCGCAACCUUGCCGCACCCCAACGGCGUCUUCUGGACGGCGGACAUGCGUUCUGCGUUCCGCUCGUUUCCCUUUCCCGCUCCAUUUCCAGACACGCUGCCCACGCAGAUGCAUGAUCAAGGACACUGGUCGGACCAGGAUUGGGUUAUAAAUCAUCUCGAAGAGCAAGGCUUUAAAGAUGUCAAAGUGAAGGCAGCGAUUGGCACGUACUAUGUGAAGAGCGCCGAACACUACGUCAGUACGUUCGGAAUAAUGUUGGGGUGGUUUUUGACCCAAUGGUGGGACAAGGAGACGACAGAGGCCCAUCCUGUGAAUGAGGUCAGGGAAUUGAUAAAGAAGCACUUGAAAGAGAAAUACAAGGGCGAGGGGUGGGAGAUGGAAUGGAUGCUUCUUUGCGUGACUGGCAGUAUCCCAUCGACUGCGGAGUGA